AGAUCACAAUGCUACCUUUAGUUGCUGUGCUUUUAGUUAUCGCAAUUAAAGAUGGUGCUGAAGAUUUUAAGAGAUACAGGUUUGAUCAGCGGAUCAAUUCUUCCAAAACUAAAGCAUACAAUAGUGAGAUUCAGGAAGUUUCUAUACAAGUGUAUAUCUGAGGAACAAAGUCCUCAUUCAUCACUACAAAGAGCAAGCACUAGGACCCAGGAUCACUCACUUGGAUGACUGGAAAACCGGUUUAUAGGAGGGUGAUACCUGUGUGCAUUUGUGACGUCAGUGUUCCAGCAGGUGUUGACUAAAAGCAAGUGAAAGCAAUUGCUUUAGUUAAACUCAGCCCGGCACUUUGCCAUACAGCGAAUCUACUUAAAGAUUAAAGCUUAAAUUUUCAGAAACCUGUGCAAGAAAGUGUGGCUUUUAAGGGGCAGGAAGAUGUCAAGGAAAUGUGCCCUAUAAAAUUCCUGAGGGACAUCUUUCAGUUCAGAAGACCAUGCUGCCAGAGUGCUGCUUCUGAUUCUGAGAAUGAGGAGCCUGGAGAGAGAAGGACGAGGAGAAAAAAGAAAGAAGAAGCAAAAAGAGUCGUCAUUUCUAACUUGCCCUUUGAAGACACGUGGAAAGAAAACCCAAACAGACAUUAUGUGGGCAACAGGAUCAAGACCACAAGAUACACCCUUCUGUCCUUUAUCCCUAAAAACCUAUAUGAACAAUUUCAUCGAUUUGCUAAUUUAUAUUUUGUGGGCAUUGCAGUACUCAAUUUUGUGCCAGUGGUCAAUGCAUUUGAACCUGGGAUAUCUGUGAUCCCAGUCUGUGUGAUCAUGGCCAUCACAGCUAUCAAGGAUGCUUGGGAGGACUUUCGGAGAUUCAAACUGGACAAAGAGAUCAAUAGCAUGGGCUGUCUGGUAUACAGAAGGCCAUUCAGCUGUGGUGUCUUUUCUCAUAACAGGAACAAAAAAGCCUACAUUGAGACGUGCUGGGAAGAGGUACGAGUGGGAGACUUUGUGCAGCUGCAAUGUAAUGAGACCAUCCCUGCAGACAUCCUGCUGCUCCACACCUCUGAUCAGAAUGGGAUCUGUCACUUAGAGACAUCAAAUCUUGACGGCGAGACGAACCUUAAACAAAGACAAGUUGUGAAAGGAUUCUCUAAUCAGAAUGCUGAAUUUGAACCAGAACUUUUCCAAAGCACAAUUGUUUGCGAAAAACCCAACAACCAUCUCAAUCGAUUUAAAGGCUAUGUGGAGCAGCCUGACCUCACACGAAUUGGUUUUAACAAUGAAAGUCUCCUUCUUCGUGGAUGCACAGUGAGGAACACAGAGGUUACAAUAGGAAUUGUUGUCUAUGCAGGCCCUGAAACAAAAGCCAUGUUAAACAACAGAGGUCCUCGUUAUAAACGCAGCAAAAUAGAACAACGUCUGAAUAUUGAUAUAUUCUUUUGUGUGGGGCUGCUCUUCAUCAUGUGUCUCACUGGAGCACUAGGUCAUGGCAUUUGGAAUGGGCUCUUCUUAGAAUACCCCUUGUUUGUCAUUCCCGAUAUAAAUGGCAGCUAUCUUGCUCCAGCUCUUGCGGGUUUCUACAUGUUCCUGACAAUGAUAAUCCUCUUACAGAUUUUGAUCCCCAUUUCCCUCUAUGUAUCCAUUGAACUAGUCAAGCUAGGUCAAGUCUUCUUGAUUCAUAAUGAUAUCGACCUGUACAAUGAAGAACUAGACUUACCCAUACAGUGUCGAGCACUAAAUAUCACUGAAGACCUGGGGCAAAUCCAGUACAUAUUCUCUGACAAAACAGGGACCCUGACGGAGAAUAAGAUGGUGUUUCGACGUUGUACAAUUGAUGGGAGAGAAUUCUCACAUCAGGAAAAUGCCAGGAGACUAGAAACGUACAAGGAAUUGGAUUCAGAUACUGAAGACUGCGUGAAAUAUUUGAGCCUACCUCCAAAUGAAGGUGGAGAAAUUCUCAGGCGGACGAGCACUGCUAAGCCCUUAAGGAGGUGGCAGAGUGCUCGGGCUCGGUUUCAGGGACACACAAGGCACACAAGGCAGAGAUCUCUGGGUGGCACCUCUCAGUCUCAAGUGGCAUUUAGCAGUACCAUUGAGAAGGACGUGACCCCAGAUAACAGGCUGCUGAUGAAAGUGAGAAAUGCAUCGUGCCAGAUUGAAUCUUUGACACCAUUUAUGUUUGCAAAGACCACCUCCUCCAUCACAGACUUUUUUCUUGCUCUGACCCUCUGCAACACUGUUGUGGUCUCUACAGCAACCGAUCCAAGACAAAGGGUUACCAUUCCGUCACCGAUGAAACCAUCAGGACUGUCCCUGGAGAAAAUUCACCAGCUGUUCCAGCGUCUAAAGCUGGCAAGCCUCAGCCAGUCUCUUUCAUCAGCUCAGUCAAAUUCAGACUUAGGAGAAAGUUUGACUACAGAAACCACCAGAGUCUGUGCUGAUUCCGAAACAAAAGAUUAUUUUUCUUCUCGAAGCUGUUCCACUUUAGCAGAUGAUUACAGUUUUAGAAGAGAUUCAAUCACUGGGAAAGACACCUUUGGGGACAGCGAUCCCACUCCAGCAGAGAUCUGUGGGGCAGCUAACCAGGGAGCUUCCCAAGUAGAGUUUUGUUAUGAGGCUGAAAGCCCAGAUGAAGCUGCCCUUGUCCAUGCAGCCCGGGCUUACCAGUUUACAUUAGUGUCCAGGACUGCUGAACAAGUGACUGUGAGGCUGCCAGAGGGCACCCUCCUGACCUUUGACCUCUUGUUCACUUUGGGAUUUGACUCCAACAGAAAAAGAAUGUCGGUGGUGGUGAGGCAUCCCCAUACUGGCGAGAUAAUUGUCUACACCAAAGGGGCUGACUCUGUCAUAAUGGACUUAUUGGAAGAACCUUCCAGGGCUAACCUAGCCCUGGAAAAGAAAAUAAGAAAAGUCAGAGAUCAAACGCAGAAACAUUUAGAUUUCUAUGCACGAGAUGGCCUGAGAACUCUAUGCAUAGCUAAGAAGGUCCUAAGUGAAGAUGACUUUCAGAUAUGGGCCAACUUUCGUCGUGAGGCAGAAACAGCUAUUGACAACAGAGAUGAGCUACUCAUGCAAACAGCGCAACAUCUGGAGACAAAACUCACAUUACUAGGAGCAACUGGUAUUGAAGAUCGUCUGCAAGAUGGCGUGCCUGAUGCCAUUGCUGCUUUCAGAGAGGCAGGGAUCCAGACUUGGGUGCUGACUGGAGAUAAGCAGGAAACAGCAGUCAACAUUGCAUAUUCUUGCAAACUUCUGGACCAAAGAGACACAGUCUUUACCAUUAAUACUGAAAGUAAGGAAACAUGUGAAUCACUGUUGGAUAUCACAUUGGAAGAAGUGAAGAAGGCACAAAGCAUUCAAGGGAUAGCUUGGACUGUUUUUGGCAUCAAGCUGCCAUUUUCUAUGUCCACCACUGUGACUGCAGAUCCUGCAAUUGGUCUGGUGGUUGAUGGAAGAACUCUGAAUACCAUUUUCCAGGGACAACUUGAGCAUAAGUUUCUGGAACUAACCAAGUACUGCCGUUCAGUUUUAUGCUGCCGCUGUACCCCCUUGCAGAAAAGCAUGGUGGUCAAACUUGUACGGGGUCAGCUAAAAGUUAUGACGUUGGCAAUAGGUGAUGGUGCCAAUGAUGUAAGUAUGAUUCAGGCAGCUGAUGUUGGAAUCGGUAUUUCAGGACAAGAAGGGAUGCAGGCUGUCAUGGCCAGUGAUUUUGCCAUAUCUCAAUUCAAGCACUUGAAGAAGUUGCUUCUAGUUCAUGGACAUUGGUGCUAUUCCCGCUUAGGCAAGCUGGUGAUAUACUUUUUCUAUAAAAACGUGACCUACGUCAACCUGCUGUUCUGGUACCAGUUCUUCUGUGCAUUCUCUGGGGCCGCCAUGAUAGACUACUGGCAAAUGAUCUUCUUCAACUUGUUUUUCACUUCUGUGCCUCCAAUACUUUCCGGAAUCCUGGAUAAAGAUGUUUCUGCAGGAACUCUGUUGAGCUUGCCUGGUCUUUAUAAGAGCGGACAAAACUCAGAGGUUUACAAGCCUCUGACAUUCUGGGUUGCCAUUUUGGAAUCUUUUUAUCAGAGCCUUAUCUGCUUCUUUGUCCCUUAUCUAGCAUAUCUUGAUUCCGAUAUUGACAUUUUCAGCUUUGGAACAACAAUCAAUACAGUCGCUCUCCUUACUAUUCUGUUUCACCAAGCUUUAGAAAUUCAAACAUGGACUUUGUCCCAUGGAGUUACGAUCACUGUGAGCAUUCUUCUGUACUUCAUUUUCUCAACCAUUUACAAUGCUACAUGUGUCAACUGCAACCCUCCCACCAAUCCCUACUGGAUUAUGGAGUUUGAGAUGUCGCAGGCGAGCUUUUAUUUCAUAUCCAUCAUUACUCCAGUCAUAGCACUUCUUCCAAGGUUUGAACAUAUGCUUCUUUUUGUAACUGUUGGGUAGAAUUCCAUGUCCUGGUCAGCAACAACCUAGUUCCUGGGUAAUGGCGGGAAGGGGCUUUAAGAAUGGAUUCCAACAGACUUAGUGUGCUGUUUCUUGUCUCCCUAUCACCUGCUGUGCCUCUGAUCAGCUACUUUCUUCUGAUUUCUGAUGGUCUCUGGAAGAGAGGCUUAAAACCCAUGACAGCCUGUUUACCUUUCGUGCUGUCACAACCUCUUUCUGGAGUUCGGGAGGCAUCAAGUCUGUGUACCUUGGCUGGAACAUAAAGGCUUUGUGGUUGUGCUGUGUAAUGGAGUUCUUUGAGAUGCAACCUUUGAGCAUUUCAAAGUAGAGGGGGAAACUGCUUUUCUGGUGCUUUCCUCUUCAGCACUCGAAUAUGGAUCUAGUUAACUGUCAGGUCUCAAAACUUUUCCCCAGCUGUCAACGAGGCCUUAGAACUAGCACAAAUGUACAGUGUUUGCUUCACCACCACUGCUAUACAGAAAGAGAGAGAAAAGGAGACAGAGAAAGCAAAGCAUGUAGAAGCAGAAUCUUCUGCUCAUUUGAUUUGGAAAUCUUGUUCUUCAUCUUUCCUAUUUUAUUCACUCACUAUAAACACACAUUGAUUUGAGGGCAGAUUCAGAAGGAGAACAUUAAAGCUUGUUUCCAUAGCAUUCUGCUCCUUUGGGUUUUGUUUUUCUCUUAAAGAAGAAAUCGGCUCCUCUAUUGUGAAAUAAUUAUUCAGGCUGGAGUUUCACAAGGGUCCCUGCAGUCUGAAGGUUAAAAAGCUGCCAUACAUAAACCGUGUGAGCCCUGCCACAGUUGUCUGUCAGCGAUGCACUCCCAAGUGCCACCUGUAUGAGGAUGGAGUUUAGAGCAAAUGGCUGCAUUCAGACAUAAUCAUAAACGUUGGUUCAUUGUUACUUGAAUGAGCUUGAGAAAGCCUUGGACUGCCAUACUCCAGCAGACCCAUGAGGAGAUCGGAAGUUUUUAAUUUUAAAAAAACCCAACUAACUACAGUUUAUCAUUAUGUCUAAAUCUGAACAAACAGAGGUUUAUGGAAUUGACUUAUUUCAGUAA